AUGAAUGAUAUAAGGGCAGAGGCACGAGCAUCAUGGAACCUGAAAGGCGGCAUGAAGAUGGCGCCUAUGGGGAAGGGAUAUAUACUCUUCCAAUUUGAAAGUGAGGGAGACAUGGCAACAAUGUGGAGAAGAAGCCUCACAAGAGUAGGGAACCAAGUGAUCAGAUUCCAACCGUGGAAGCCUGAUUUCGACGUUCACGCUAAAAACAUCGAAACAAAGCUGGUUUGGAUUAGAUUCCCUAAUCUUCCUCUUAAAUACUGGCAUGAGAAGAUCCUUCUCACUAUGGCAAAGGCGGCAGGGAGACCAGUGGCAUUGGAUAGGUGCACUCGUACUGCUGCAAUGGGUACCUUUGCGAGGGUCCAGGUGGAAAUCGAAAUCGGUGUAAACAGAUUGGAGGAAAUUCACGUUGAGAGAAAACAGCCAGGAACGAAUGAGAUUUUCUGGUUCACUCAGACUAUCAUUUACCAGGACGGGAUGCCCAGGUGUGGCUUUUGUAAGAAGAUGGGUCAUUUAGUCAAUGUUUGUAGAGCAAAGAAAGAUGUUGAUGCUAGAGAAGAAGCUCUGCGUAAGGAAAACAUCCCUGGUGCAGUUUUUGCCGAUGAAUAUGCCGGUGCUCAGAGUAAUGGCCUCCAGGAUGGAAGACAACCGGUGACUGAAGGAAAUAGAUCAGGAAGGCUUUCUUCCCAAUCAAAUGAGCGAUAUCCUACCUUUUCUGGAAUGCUCAUUUCAAGAAACUUGGAGGGCAACCCAACUAAUGAAAAUCUCAAUGGAAAUAUUCAAAUUUGCCUUCCUUUGGAAGAGGCAUGGAGUAAGGAACAAAAUCUUAGUGAGGGGCAUGACUUUGUGCAUUACAUUGAGGGGGAUAAUCACUUAACUGCAUUUGGGUCGAACUCAGAUGAUGGGUUGGAUGCUGGGUCGGUUAAUGGAUCCGGUGAUGGAUCCAGGGCUCAUAUGAUCUAUCUAAGUUCUGCCCUGCCCAGGGAAGAUGACGGUUUGGUUGCUGCCCCAACCCAUGCUGAAUCUGAUCAUCGUGCUAAUGUAAGAUUCAAUCAGGAAGCACACUUUUCUUCAAUCAUGGAUAAUGGGAGAGAAGGGUGA